AUGCUCUCCUCCCACAGACACUGGAGAACUGUGUCCUGAGACCAGACCAAGAGAAGAGGCUGAGUGUGCAGAGCCCAGCCCAGGACUCCCAGGGUGCCAGCCUGCCAGUCUGUAUUAGGCAGAUCAUCACCCGAAACCUCUCUCAGCCUGAGAGCCCAGCCCCUCUCCAGGUCCCACAGAUGGCUUCACUGCUGUCACUGCAGGAUGAGAACCAGCUACUGCAGCAGGAGCUGUCCCGUGUGGAGGACCUGCUGGCCCAGAGCCGUGCCGAGCGUGAUGAGCUUGCUAUCAAGUACAAUGCCGUCAGUGAGAGGCUGGAACAGGCUGUGCGGCUGGAGACUGGGGAGCUGGAGGCACAGGAGCCCAAGGGGCUGGUGCGGCAGAGCGUGGAGCUGCGGAGGCAGCUGCAGGAGGAGCAGGCCUCCUACCGGCGCAAGCUGCAGGCCUACCAGGAAGGCCAGCAGCGGCAAGCCCAGCUAGUGCAGCGGCUGCAAGCCAAGAUUCUGCAGUACAAGAAACAAUGCUCCGAGCUGGAGAAGCAGCUGCUGGAGAAGUCCGAGGAGCUGGAGCAGCAGCACCUGAGGGACACAGAACACAGCCAGGACCUGGACAGCGCCCUUCUGCGUCUGGAGGAGGAGCAGCAAAGAAGUGCCAGCCUGGCCCAGGUGAAUGCCAUGCUGAGAGAGCAGCUGGACCAGGCAAACUCGGCCAACCAGACUCUAAGUGAGGACAUUCGCAAGGUGACCAGUGACUGGACCCGCAGCUGCAAGGAGCUGGACCAGAGAGAGGCGGCAUGGAGGCGAGAGGAAGAGUCCUUCAACGCCUACUUCAGCAGAGAGCACAGCCGCCUGCUCCUCCUCUGGAGGCAGGUCAUGGGGCUCCGACGGCUGAUCAGCGAGCUGAAGAUGGGCACCGAGAGGGAUCUACUGCAGCUGGGAGGGGAGCUAGUCCGGACAUCACGGGCUGUCCAGGAGGUGGGCCUGGGACUCAAUGCCAGCCUGCAGCGGGCUGAGAGUCGGGCUGAGGCAGCUCUGGAGAAGCAAACACUGCUGCAGGCCCAACUAGAGGAGCAGCUACAGGCCAGGCUGCUCCGGGACAAGGACUUGGCCCAGUUGCAGGCGCAGAGUGACCUGGACAAGGCCGACCUUAGUGCCAGAGUGACAGAGCUGACCUUGUCCGUGGAGCACCUUCAGAACCAGAACACAGAGAAGGAUCAGGUCAACAGGACCCUCUCUGAAAAGCUGGAGGCCCUGGAGUCUCUGCGGCUCCAGGAGCAGGCAGCCCUGGACACUGAGGAUGGAGAGGGCCUGCAGCAGACGCUGAGGGACCUGGCACAGGCUGCCCUAUCGGACACAGAGAGUGGUGUCCUGCUCAGCAGCUCAGGGCACACUGCGGACACCUCUGAUGGCAGCCUGCGGGGGCUCUCUGGCCCGCGGACCCCGACCCCACCACGGCACUCCUCCCCGGGUCGAGGUCGUUCUCCACGCCGAGGCCUGUCCCCAGCCUGCUCUGACUCCUCUACACUCACACUAAUCCACUCCGCCCUGCAUAAGCGCCAGCUGCAGGUCCAAGACAUGCGUGGGCGCUAUGAAGCCAGCCAAGACCUGCUGGGCACCGUGCGCAAACAGCUCAGUGACAGCGAGGGUGAGCGGCGUGGCCUGGAGGAACAGCUGCAGCGCCUGCAGGACCAGAUAGCAGUCACAGCCCAGGCCCAAGAGGAUGCCAUACGUGAGGCCCAGCGCCUGCGCAGUGCCAACGAACUCCUGAACAGGGAGAAGGGAAGCCUGGCCCACAGCCUGCAGGUGACCCAGAAGCAGGUGGAGGAGCUGCACCAGGAGCUGGAAAAGCUGCAGACUGCCCAGGAGGAGCUGAGGCGUCAGCACACUCAGUUGGAAGAUGAGCAAGAGGACACAGUGCAGGAGGGAGCCCGGGCCCGCAGAGAGCUGGAGCGCAGCCACAGGCAGCUGGAGCAGCUGGAAAUGAAGCGCUCGGGGCUGGCUAAGGAGCUGGUAGAGGUGCGGGAGGCACUGAGCUGCGCCACACUGCAGAGAGAUGUGCUGCAGGCAGAGAAGGCAGAGGUGGCCGAGGCACUGACCAAGGCUGAGGCUGGCCGUGCACAGCUAGAGCUCUCCUUGACCAAGCUGAGGACAGAGGAGGCCUCCCUGCGAGACUCCCUGUCCAAGCUGAGUGCCCUCAAUGAGAGUCUCGCCCAGGACAAGCUGGAGCUAAACCGCCUCAUGGCCCAGCUAGAGGAAGAAAAGGCGGUGCUUCUGGACCGACAGCAGCAGGCAGAGCAUGCCACUACAUUGGCUCUGGAGGAGCAGGAACGGUUGGAGCAGCUGAGGCUGGAGCAGGAGGUGGAGCGGCAGGGCCUGGAGGGCUCCCUGUGUGCAGCUGAGCAGGCCCGGGAGGCGCUGGAGCAGCAGCUCCUUGCAUUGCGCAGUGAACGCAGUCAUCUGCAGGAGCAGUUGGCCCAGCUCUCCCGGCAGCUGAAUGGACGGGACCUGGAGCUGGAACAGGCCCUGCGGGAGUCGCAGCGGCAGGUAGAGGCACUGGAGCGCACAGCCCGGGAGAAGGAGGCUCUGGCCAAGGAGCGGGCUGGCCUGGCUGUGCAGCUGGCGGCAGCAGAGCGUGAGGGUCGGACCCUAUCUGAGGAGGCCAUUCGCCUACGCUUGGAGAAGGAAGCCCUGGAGAGCAGCCUGUUUGAUGUGCAGAGGCAGUUGGUUCAGCUCGAGGCCCGCCGGGAGCAGUUAGAAGCUGACAGUCAAGCUCUGCUGCUGGCCAAGGAAGCCCUGACAGGGGAGCUGGCAGGCCUUCGGCAGCAGGUCACAGCCACCGAAGAAAAAGCAGCCUUAGACAAGGAGCUGAUGACCCAGAAGCUGGUGCAGGCUGAGCGGGAGGCGCAGGCCUCUCUGCGGGAGCAGCGGGCAGCACACGAGGAAGACCUUGAGAGACUCCAGCGUGAGAAGGAGGCUGCAUGGAGGGAGCUGCAGGCAGAGCGUGCCCAGCUGCAGGGCCAGCUGCAGCAAGAGCGAGAGGAGCUGCUGGCACGGAUGGAGGCUGAGAAGGAGGAGCUGAGUGAGGAGAUCGCUGCACUGCAGCAGGAGCGGGAUGAAGGCCUGCUCCUGGCGGAGAGCGAGAAGCAGCAGGCCUUGUCCCUAAAGGAGUCUGAGAAAACAGCACUGUCUGAGAAGUUGAUGGGAACCCGGCACAACCUGGCUGCCAUCUCUCUGGAGAUGGAACGGCAGAAGCGAGAUGCCCAGAGCCGGCAGGAACAGGACCGGAACACAGUCAACGCCCUGACGUCUGAGCUUCGAGACCUCCGGGCCCAGCUGGAGGACGCCACUGCGGCCCAUGCCCAACAGGUGAAAGAACUCCAGGAGCAGACCGGGAACCUGGGCAGGCAGCGAGAGUCCUGCAUGCUCGAGGCAGAAGAGCUGAGGACUCAGCUGCGCCUGUUGGAGGAUACCCGUGAUGGGCUGCGGCGGGAGCUGCUGGAGGCUCAGCGCAAGGUUCGGGACAGCCAGGAGGGCUGUGAGGCCCAUCGCCAGGAGGCUAGCGAGCUGCGUCGCAGUCUGAGCGAGGGCACCAAGGAGCGUGAGGCCCUGCGGCGUUCCAACGAGGAGCUGAGGACUGCUGUGAAGAAGGCUGAGAGCGAGCGCAUCAGCCUGAAGCUUGCCAAUGAAGACAAGGAACAGAAGCUGGCUCUCCUGGAGGAGGCUCGAGUGUCCUCAGGCAAGGAGGCUGGAGAGCUGCGGGCCUCGCUGCAGGAGGUGGAGCGGUCCAGACUGGAGGCUCGCCGUGAGCUGCAGGAGCUUAGGCGACAGAUGAAGAUGCUGGACAGUGACAAUGUCAGGCUGGGCCGGGAGCUGGCAGACCUGCAGGGCCGCUUGGCCCUGGGUGAGCGGGCAGAGAAGGAGAGCCGGCGAGAGGCGCUGGGCCUGCGGCAGAAGUUACUAAAAGCCGAGAGCAGCCUCGAGGCCUUGAAGCAGGAGCUCCAAGGAUCCCAGAGGAAACUGCAGGAGCAAGAGGCCGAGUUCCGGACACGUGAGCGAGGUCUGCUGGGCUCCCUGGAGGAGGCGCGUGGCACUGAGAAGAAGCAGCUGGAGGUGGCCCGGGGCCUGGAGCUGAGGCUGGAGGCCGUUCGGGCUGAGACCUCAGAGCUGGGGCUGCGGCUGAGUGCGACGGAGGGCCGGGCGCAGGGCUUGGAGGCUGAGCUGGCCCGCGUGGAGGCGCAGCGGAGGGUGGCCGAGGCCCAGCUGGGUGGCCUGCGCUCAGCCCUGCGCCGGGGCCUGGGUCUGGGCCGUGUGUCCAGCUCCCCAGUGCGGCUGUCCAGCUCCCCAGCGCGGGAGGCACCCGCGGGAGGAAGUGGGGAUGGUCUUAGCAGUCCCAGUCCUUUGGAAUGCAGCCCUCAGUCCCAGCCGCCAUCUCCAGGGCCCAUUGCCUCCCCAGCACCUCCAGACUUGGACCCAGAGUUGGUGCGGGAUGCUCUCCGAGACUUUCUGCAAGAGCUUCGGAGUACCCAGAGGGAGCGGGAUGAACUUAAGGUCCAGACCAGCACCCUCAGUCAACAGCUGGCUGAGACGGAAGCAGAGAGAGACCGUGCAACCUCAAGGGCCAGGCAGCUGCAGAAGGCAGUAGCUGAGAGCGAGGAAGCCUGGCGCAGUGCAGACAGGCGGCUGAGCGGGGCCCAGGCAGAGCUGGCGCUGCAGGAAGAGAGCGUGCGACGUAGCAAGCGGGAAUGCAGGGCCACACUGGACCAGAUGGCAGUGCUGGAGAGGAGCCUGCAGGCCACCGAGAGCGAGCUCCGGGCCAGCCAGGAGAAAGUCAGCAAGAUGAAGGCCACCGAGGCAAAGCUGGAGAGCGACAAGCGGCGGCUGAAGGAGGUGCUGGAUGCCUCUGAGAGUCGCUCCAUCAAGCUUGAGCUGCAGCGGCGUGCACUUGAAGGCGAGCUGCAACGCAGCCGCCUGGGCCUGGGGGACCGUGAAGCCCACGCUCAGGCCCUCCAGGAUCGGGUGGACUCCCUACAGAGACAGGUGGCAGACAGUGAGGUGAAGGCAGGGACCUUGCAGCUAACAGUGGAACGGCUGAAUGGGGCACUGGCCAAGGUGGAGGAGAGCGAGGGGACCCUGCGGAGCAAGGUGCAGAGCCUGACAGACGCCCUGGCCCAGAGCAGUGCCAGCCUCACCAGCACCCAGGACAAGAAUCUGCACCUGCAGAAGGCCUUGAGUACUUGUGAACAUGACCGCCAAGUGCUCCAGGAACGGCUGGAUGCUGCCAGACAGGCACUGUCUGAAGCACGGAGGCAAAGCAGCUCCCUGGGUGAGCAGGUGCAGACCUUGCGGGGCGAGCUAGCCAAUGUGGAGCUGCAGCGGGGUGAUGCUGAAGGCCAGCUGCAGCAGCUGCAGCAGGUACUGCGACAGCGGCAGGAAGGCGAGGCCAUGGCUCUGCGCUCUGUCCAGAAGCUCCAGGAAGAGCGGCGACUGUUGCAGGAGCGCCUGGGCAGUCUGCAGCGAGCCCUGGCUCAGCUGGAAGCUGAGAAACGUGAGGCAGAACGGUCAGCACUGCGGCUCGACAAGGACCGCGUGGCACUCAGGAAGACACUGGAUAAGGUGGAGCGGGAGAAACUUCGAAGCCAUGAGGACACACUGAGGUUGAACGCCGAGAAGGGCCGCCUGGACCGCACACUCACAGGGGCUGAGCUGGACCUGGCUGAGGCCCAACAGCAGAUCCAGCAGUUGGAGGCACAGGUGGUAGCCUUGGAGCAGAACCACAAUCCAGUCCAGCUGGAGGCAGAUGAGCAGCACCUGGAGCUACAGCAGGAGGUUGAGCGCCUGCGCAGUGCCCAGGUGCAGACGGAGCGCACGCUGGAGGCAAGGGAGCGGGCCCACCGCCAGCGAGUGUCGGGACUGGAGGAGCAGGUGGCCACACUGAAGGCACAGCUGCAGAAGGAGCUUCGGAGGAGCUCAGCACCUGCCUCCCCACCCUCUGGUACUCCAGAGCAAUGAGUCCCUUCCAGCCAGCGUCCUGAGCACAGUCAUCUUGGCAGGAGAGGGGCCCCUUAGUGACAUAGACUGCCCAGGGCCACAUCAGAGUGGGAGGAGGAAGCUGGGGUGACAGGUGAGCGUGGCACUGUGGCUGUAGUCACACCCAUGUGGCUUGUCAAAGUUGCUACACUGCCUAUACCACUCCAGGCCCUUCUAGAAGACCCUCUGCCGGCCAAGGCUCUUCGAGGCUGAGCCAGGCAGGGGUGAGGGAGAGCACUUGUUUCUGCCAGCAGCAGAGCAGGGCUUCCCCAGGAAGGAAUGCCCGAGCCAGCGCAGCACCAGGGAGCUAGCUCUCCCUUGGCCCCUUGUGUCAGCAGCUCUUAGUGAGCUUAGAGCCCUUGUAUUUUUGUACCUUUUUAUACUGUUAACUGUGGAGAACUGUUGUGCUUUUUGUAACAUGACCUGCUUUCUAGAA